AUGAGAUACAAAGCAGAGAUCGGGAGAUUCCAAACAGAUAUUGGGCUUAUCUACCAUUCUCCAGGUCACACACUCCUGAGGAAAUGGCUAGGUCUCUGCCAGCCAAAUAACCCUGACGAUGGCGUGAGAGGCUACCUGAAAGUCACUAUCUGUGCCCUUGGUGUGGGAGACCAGACCCUGGUAGAUCAAGAGUCUCCCUAUGGGGCUGAUGACACCCAAAUUCAGAUCUUCAAGUCAGCGGCAGUCCCGAUCAACCUGGCUUACUUGCAGUUCUUCAUCUACUGCGCAGAGGACCUGCAUCUCAAGAGAGACCAGUUAGUGAAUCCUGUGUUGGAGGUGGAACUGAUUGGAGAAAAGCUCAAGACGCACAUGCAGACCCAAACCGACAAUCCCAUAUGGAACCAGAUCCUGACCUUCCGGAUUCAGCUGCCUUGCCUCUCCAGCUACAUCAAGUUCAGAGUCUUGGACUGCUCCAGGAGGGAUUGCCGGGAUGAGAUCGGGACCGCCAGCCUGUCCCUCAACCAAAUCUCGUCAACUGGAGAAGAGAUCGAAGGAGUGUACUCUGGCUUCUUGCCCUGCUUCGGGCCCAGCUUCCUGACUCUGCACGGUGGUAAAAAGGCCCCUUUCAGGAUUUCGGAAGAAGGCGCUUGUAUUCCUGACUCUGUGAAGGACGGUUUAGCUUAUCGAGGCCGAGUCUUCCUGGAGUUAAUCACCCAAAUCAAGUCCCAACAGGGCUCUAGGAUAAUGGCUCUGUCCCAUGAAGUGACCAGGAUGGAGAGGCACCAGAACCGUCUGAAGUAUGGGUUGUGUGUCAUCUUCCUCUCCUGUACUAUGAUGCCCAACUUUAAAAACCUGAUCCAGUUCGAGGUCAGCAUCGGCCACUAUGGAAACAAAAUGGACCUGAACUACAAGCCUCUGGUCUCAAGCACACAAUACAGCCCAGUGAUAUAUGAUGUCCUAGGAGAGCCUGAGCUGCAGGGGCCCUCUGAAAUUGAGCCCAACAACUGCCCCCUAGAAAGUAUGAAGCUCGGGCCGCAGAACCUUGAAUCUGCCUCUUCCACCACCCAAGAGGCCGUUGUUGAAUCAUGA